AUGAGCUUCACAGAAUGGAUAUUAUUCUUGAUCGCGGCGAUCAUCUCUAACAGUAUUCAGCAACCGAUCUUCUUCAAAAACACUUUCAAAGGAUUGAAUGGUAUUUCGAAGGCCAAUAUGAUUGAUAGAAAUGAGAUCAGAGCUGUUUAUUAUCAUGAUCAGACCGUGGCAGUAGUUGAUCUUGGCAUUAAUAAUGAAUUGCACAAUUGCAACUUGAUCGAAGUAUAUGAGAAAAAUGAAGCCAAUGAAGUUUUGAGGAAUCUGUCAUCCAUAGUAAUUCCUCAGCUGGUAUCUUUCUCACAAAUGACAAAACUUAUACAACAAUGCGAAUUAUUGGACAAGAUGCAGCACGAAAGGUUGUCUACAACGAUAUCAAACAGUGUGAAUAAAGAUAAUCAUGGAAUGAGUAAUGUCUUGUCUCUUCUCUCAGGUAUCUUACCAGGCACAAAAUGGUGUGGUGCCGGGGAUAUAGCCGAGAAUUACCAUGAUUUGGGCCAAGAAGUUCAAAUUGAUAGAUGUUGUCGCAGUCAUGAUCUUUGUCCUGUAAAAAUUCGAGCUCAACAAACACGAUAUAAUCUUACAAAUUAUUCCGUAUAUACCAAGUCACACUGUGUAUGUGAUGAAGCGCUGUAUCGUUGUUUAAAAGCCACGACACAUCCGACAGCACAUAUUAUGGGUCGCAUAUACUUUAAUAUAAUAAAAAUACCUUGUAUUGAGGAUGUACCAGAGAAAAAUACUUCUAUAGAGUUAGGACGACAAUUUAUUCCUGUUAAGAUGAAUUAUUAAAACAAAUGCAAGAUUGCUAAAUAUUAUCAAUAAUUUAAUAUUUUUAUACAAUAUAAAGUAUAAAAUCGGGAAAAAAGACUUAUUAUUUAUAAUUAUUAUUAAUAUUAUAUAUAUGUAAAUAUUAUACAGUUAUAUAUCUUACACAUAAUCAUUUAACUAAUAGAGUUUGCAUUUAUUGAUACUGUUGAAUUGUAUAUAAGACUGUUUGCUUCAAAACUGAUUCAGAAAUAACUUCUUGUAUAAUCUUUUUUAUAUCAACAGAAUUGUGAUUAUAAAGAUUACCUAAAAAUUGUUUUUGCAAGAUAUUUAAUUUUUCAUUUAAAUUUGUUAUACCAAAUAAUUAAUUUUAUAACAAUAACAUCUUCAUUAUUAUUACCUAUUAGCCAUAAUGUUUCUUUCCUAAUAUGUACAUACUGACAUAAAAGUAAUUUAUUUAAUAAUAUUUUUAAAUUUGAUAGUGAAUAUUUAGAAUUUUCCAAUAGAUACUUUGCCAAUCGUCCAGAUGUUUCUUGUACAAUAUUAGCUAAUAUUCUUAUACAUGCUGUGAUCUAUAAUAAAAAAAGAACUUUAGUAUUUUAUAUAUAGUAUAUAAUAUUUAAUAUAAACAUAUAUUACCAUUGAGACAAAUACAUACCUCUAUUAUUGAUGUAAUAUCAUUUAUGCUAUUUUCAUAUAAAUAAUCAAUUAUUAAAGGGAUUACAGAAUAUAAAUAUAUGUGACACGAUAUUUCUGAAGAUAAUAAUGCAAGUAACCAAAUAAAAUAUGAAUCUUCAAAUGAAAAGUUUCUCUUUAUAGUAGCAUUGGUAAGUUCAAUAAUUUCUUCUUUUCUAAAAAUAUUCAUACAAUUAAUGGAAUAUUUUAAAAUAUAUUUUAAAAAUUAAAUGAAAAAAAUAAAAAAUCAUUCAUUACAAGAUAUAUUGAAAACCAAUAUGUACAUAAUGCAUAGCAGUAUAGGCUACUGAAGACACAAUUACAUUAUCACAAUUGUACAUCAAGGAUACAAUAUAUUUCAAACAAUCUUGUGCAUGAAGAAUUUCAAAUGCCUUAUUACUCCCUGAAAUUAAAUUUCCUAUUGUCCAUAUACAUAUUUCC